CAAAAGUGUUCUUGGUAUUUCCGCGCUUUCCGCGACUGGUCCUUGGUCACGUACGAAAAUGUUUGGAUGCUAGCGAUUUCACGGAAUUGAAGUGGAAAAUGAGCGGCCAGAAGCACCUGCGAUUGCGCUACUACACCUCCUUGGAGGAGGCGAUGCUGGUGCGGCUGUGGCGCGAGCACCUGCACGACAUACCCUCCUACACGGACAACCUGCCCAUUUUCCGGGAGAUCGCGCACGGCCUGCAGCAGCACGGCGUGCGUCUCAACAAACAGGAGGCUCGCCGGCGCAUCAACAGCUACCGCAACAAGUAUUUAAACGAGCGCAACCGCGCGGAGGGCAAUGCGGACUUCCAGACCGACUGGCGCCUCUAUCCGCUGAUCGACAGCCUCUUCCGUCCUGCCAGGCCGUCGACGGACCUCUUCCACGCGCGCAAUGUCUUGGAGACGGCCGCCGCGAGAGCACGGGCGGAUCUGCCCUCCCUGCCGCCACUGCAUCUCACGUCCGCCGCCCACCUGAAGUUCGAGCGCGACCCGGACGGAAGCGCCUUUCUCGAUCCACAGCCCAUGGUGCACGCAGUGGUGAAGACAGAGCCGCGGCAAGACGACCAACACCAGCCGGUGAAGACUGAACACAAUCCCACAGAAACGCAACUGGGAAUGGCGGCUAACCACUGCCCGCAGGGAGCUGCCGCCGACAUUGCCAUUCGGCGGGCCCCUCUCAUGCCUGCCAACCACAUCCUGCCCGAGGCAGAGGAGGCGCCAUAUGGGUGCCACACCAACGGCCUGUCGGACGCCGAACGUUCGGCGACCAAACGGCGACGAGGGCGUCGUAGUAUUCUGCCACACACGGGCAAGAUCACAAUGGCCGUAGUGGAGGAGCUGCGCAAGGAGAACAAGAUGCUCGAGGAGCAGAAUGACGCAUGUCUGCAGGCGCUCGAGCACAAGGAGAAGCAGUUUAUCACCAUGAAGCAGAACUUCCUGGCCUAUCUGGAGCGGCAGGAGGCCUUGCUGGCGCAAAUACAGCAGAGAGCCAUUAAGCUGGAACCCGAUCGCGACUACUAGAACGUCGGGUGAUGAUUAUGAGCCAGCUUUAGGUUUAAGUAGAGAACAGAGUCCCACCGGCGGACGUCGAGUCUCGUCGCUUGACCAUGUGUAUUUCAUUUCGUUCCUUUCGCAGACACAGAAGUCUAUUUCACUUGACGUACAAAGCAGCAUAGCGAACCGAAGAUAUUUUUAUUUCUUAACCUUUUCUUAUUAAAACGUAUGUAUAAUGUGUAUAAAAAAAAUCCGACUUUGUAAAAGAAUUCUGUACGGUCUUUAAGUUAAGUUCAGUUACUGAUUAAAAGUUUAAAAUGUAAA